AUGCAGCAACACGCCACAUCUGAACCUAGCUCCUCGAGAUUGUCUCUUCCACAAGUGCCUAUCGAACAACGAGACUGCGACUAUGGCCCCGACCAAUGGGCACACUGGUUGCGUGAAUACCAGCUUGGAGCUUGGAGCGCACGCACCGCCCCGGCGCAGCCACCUCGUCUCACUCCGCAUCACAGUCCCUCCAACGCUCUGAAGAAUACCGACCGGGAUAAACAUCCCAGCUUCGCCAAAGAAGAGGGCACGAGAGAGGUGCCCACUCGCACAUCUCCUGCCAACUCCACCUCGACACCGCCCAAGCUCUCCACCACAGAUCCACAAAGAUCUCCCACCACACAAACAGAUCAACACGAUGCAGAUCACUCGUGGCAAUUCUUUCGCGACAAUGGAUGGCUUCCAGCUCCUCCGCUUCGAGAUCAACACCGCAGUCGUCUGAGAAAGGCCCUCAUUCGUCACAGGCUAACGGCGCCUCAGCAGCGACCCGCCCUGCGAUUCUACGUGCAGCACGCCAGAGCCGUGUUCAGAUGCUCGUCCGCCUCGAUCAUGGUCGAAAGCCCGGACGCGACAUGCAUGCUGAUCCUCGCCCGCGAUGGAGGCGACACUCAGGUGCAAACCAUGCCACGCGAAUCCAGUCUCUGCUCGCACGCUAUGCUGCUUGCCGACGAUCAAGUGCUGGUGGUCGAUAACGCAGAACAAGACUGGCGGUUCAGCGCAUUGUCUUCGUCGCCACUCGGAUGUGCGACCCUGGAAGGAAAGCCUACCUGCUUUUACGCUUCCGCACCCUUCUUGCUCUCUGAUGGGGGCGGUGGAGUCAAGGAUGGCGCUCAAGUAGGUCGAUUAUGCAUCAUGGAUGAACAUCCUCGGUACGAUUUUGGCGAUGCCGACGUACGUAUUCUGUCAGACAUCGCCAUGAUGGCAAGCAAGGCAAUCGAGCACGAGUACGAUAGCACAAAGAGCAUAAAGGUAGCAGAGAUGCAGCAGAGAACAAGCAACCUGAUUCGCAUGGUCGAAAACGGAGUGCUGAUGCCAAAGCCCGUUGAUCCUGAUCGAGCUAUUCUGACGAAACGCAUCUCUGCCCAUGGUCUUCAUGUCAUGGCGAUGCCUCUCAAUGUCAUGGGCCGAGCCUGCGUCGAGCUCAAGGAUUGCUUGGGAGCUGCAGCUGUGGCUGCAUUCGACGUAAGCAGCAUUCCUUGCGGUGAGUACGACGAUGGCUUGCCACUGGGCUCGUCCGCGGUAACCAUGGUCAGCUUCAGUGGACCUGAUCGCCUGCGUCCCCGCACAAUAGAGCCUCUCCUUCUCCGGAGAGACGUGUUUGCCAACGCUCUACGUUCCAUCGACGCACGAGCCGAUUCUCAGAAUCAAUGCAAGUUCUACGAGAGGGGAUCCAGUCAAGACGAGUCAUCGGAUACAGCGUCUGGCGGUGCUUCUGGUUGCUCAGAGGGGCACCUCGACCCUUGCGGCGAAUUACUUCCACCCAAGGACCAGGUGCCUUUCUACGCCGUGUGCGUGUGCCACAACCCCAAAAAGCAACACUGGACCAUCAUGUUCCUGGUCGCAUUCGCCGAGAUGCCAGACUUUGGCCGACAGGAGCACUUGUUUAUCGAAGCGGUCUCGCAGAUUGCAUCAGCAAGCCUGCUGCCCCGGCAACUUGCAGGCCUGGCCCUGCUCAAGUCGGAGUUCCUGAGUCAUGUUCAGCAUCAAUUGCGGACACCCUUACGCACUGCGCUUGGAGCGGUGGACCACCUCAGAAAUGCGAUCGAUCAGACAGAGGGAGGAGCAGGCAAUGCGGCCCUCGACCUGUCACCCGAUGGAACGUUGGCGACCAUGCUAGACUCCAUCGCCGGGUCUGCUCAAACGCUUAAUGCGUACCUGAACGACUUGCUCAGCUUCCAAAACGAAAACACGCUUCGGACUUCCGAACACGUCGUCGUCGACAUCGUCAGCAUGGUAGAGGCGAUUGCCGAUGAAGAGUGGGAAAAUGCGCAGCGUCUCCGACCCCAGCCGGAUACAUCCUCCGUGGCCGAGAGUGUGGAGCUCAUUGUUCGUUGUACACCCGAGUUGCGCCAUUCCCAGUGGUUGCUCGAUGCGAGGACGCUCGAAACGGCGAUACGCAAGGUGAUAGCCACCGCGGCGCACGUCACUCGUUCAGGCUAUAUCGAGGUCAUCGUCAGGCUUGCUCAUGGCGGCGUGUUUCGAGCAAUCGAGCCAAGCAGAGGCAACAGCAAUCUCUCCAUUGAGGUCGAGGUGCUGAGCACAAGCAACAGCACUGCUAACGACACUGCUGCUACCGUCCUCACCCACGCCUUUGGCAUCACCGAUCCGUUUUACCGCGACUUUGCCCUCAACAUGGCCUUGGUGUCUUGCAUGCUGAAACGAUGUGGUGGGCGCUUAUCCGUAUCUUCACAUGUCGAACGCAAGAAUUCCAUGAGGAUUUGCUUGCCCGUCCAGCACGAACCUUCGCCGCACGUUGGACGGGACCCAACGUCUAGUAUUUUAGAGGGCAGAUUCGCGGUCAAAACGGUGGCUUUCUACGACAUGGAGACAGAGGGGUUGAAGCGCCUGGCCACCUGCAUUUGGGACCAUCUGUCGUCGGUCGCCAAUCUCGUGUUGACCGAGGAUUUCAAAGAGGCUGAUUGCAUCAUCCUGCCCGAGGUGAAGGCGUCUGACGUGGAUCAAAGAUGGGAAACGAUGCUGUCGCAGUCGAAGAGCGACUCGAGAUUCGUCUUGAUCAGGUCGUCGUACCUUGUGCAGCAAAAGCAGGUCGACUCGUUGAGUGGCCGAGCUACGCUGCCUUUCGGGUUGCCGCAUGGCCCGAGCUCUUUUUGGUUGCUCGAGACAUUCUUGUCUGACGGCGAGCCGAUGCCGAUCUACACGAUGGAUUCAGCGCACGAGCGUCGACAAAGGCUAGCGUCUUUCCAAGGUCAAAGCUCUGGGAACAAGCUGCCAACAGACCCUUGCCACCCAGGCACGUGGGAGCACGGAGCACAAUUGCUGUCAAGAAGAGCGCACAGUCACGAUCCAUCCCCACCUCAACGUAUACCCUACAUCAGGACGCGCUCCUGA